UCUGUAUGUUAAUUACCCAUUAUUUCUAGAUUAUAUUAAACAAUAUAUUUUGUCAUGUGCAAACCAUUAUGAGCAACCAAAAAGUAGAUCUAAAAGUUGUAUUGCUUGGGAAAGAAUAUGGUGGUAAAACCAGUUUAGUGGAACGGUUUAUCCACAUGAGGUUUAAUGCUAGUAUACCAUACCAAAAUACUAUUGGGGCUGCGUUUGGUGCAAAGGCUAUGAUUGUUGAUGGAAAAUCAAUUACACUUGGAAUAUGGGACACAGCAGGAUCAGAGCGCUAUGAAGCCAUGAGUAGGAUAUACUACAGAGGUGCUAAAGCUGCUAUCGUUUGUUAUGAUUUAACUGAUGAUACAAGUUGGGAUCGUGCAAGAUUUUGGGUACAGGAGGUUCAUGGACAUGAAGAGGAAUGUAAAAUAUAUUUAUGUGGAACGAAACGAGAUUUGUUGGAGAAUAAAGAGAGGCCUAUUGACUAUCAUGACACUACUGAUUAUGCUGAUACAAUCAAUGCGAAAUUAUUUGAAACAUCGAGCAAAACUGGCGAAAAUAUUGAUGAAUUGUUUCACCAAAUAGCGACAGAUUAUUUAGCAAGUGGACAUCAUAGCGUACUCCAUGAUCCUAAUAACAUCCAGUUGUCUGCGUCACCUACCAGUGCACAACCUUGGCAUAAAAGAGCGACCAGUAUGUGUUGCGGUAGCUAGUAACCAUCAAGUGAUUGUUGUUUUUGAUCUGGAUAAAACAAUUUGAUGUUUCAGUUGCAUCAAGUCAUGAUGGUUUUAAAUUUUAUUGUUUUUUACUCUGCGCACGAUAUUGUUAUCAUCUGUCGCCAGACGUACAUGGCGAGCACCAGUUAUCAAAAAUUAUGUCACUCUGUUUAGUUUUUUUUGUUUAUGUUAUAAAGUUCAAAUUCAAUUUUUUUUUUUUUUGAAUGCUACAUGCUCUUUUUUAGAAAAUGUUUAAAGUCAUGAUGUCAAAACUCUUAAAAUAUUAUUCCACAGUGCGUGAUUCUUACAAAACAUAGCUCAGAAAGUCUCUUUAUGUUCUAACAAACUUUCCAUAUAAAAACAUAUUCUUCAAUAAACGUCGCAUGUACGGUGUUUACUGAUAGCUGAGGUCUGUUAGAGAGCGUCCUUACUGGAGGGCGUUAUUUACGAGAAGGCGUUCUUUAUUAGAGGGCGUCAUUUGUCAGGGAUUAGCAUUUACUACAGCAAGGUUGCCAUGCUUCACUCAUGAGGAUGAAAAGUCUCCUCCAAAAUCUUUAAAAAAUUUUUAUCAACUUUUUCCUCAAAUCUCAAGGAUUGUCUCACGUUUAUAUUUAUAAAAUACAUAAAAAUUCUACAGAAAUAGUUUUUUUUUCACUCGUAACGUUACCUGAAAUCUAUGAAUCUAUUUUUACGAAAAUACCGUCAUCUCAAAAAGGGUUGAAAAUUGUCAUCAAAAGUUCACAAAUCUCCUUAAAUCUUACUCUAUAUAAAGAGUGGCAAUUCGCAUUAACUAUGUUGUUUAAAUUAUAAUUUAAAUAGUUGAGCAAGUUCUUGUAUUAAAAAGAUGUGUAGUAUAUCGUACCCUUUAUAUUCCUAUUUUGAAGAUAUGAUUUUUUUUUUUCAAAUAAAUUUUAUAAUAUUUAUAGUAUAAAUCGACAAAAGUACGUUUGUUUCCAAAAUGAUUUUUAUUUUCUGUAUAUCCCUCGGUAUUAAAGUGUUAACAUAAUAGAUAUUAAAGUAAUUUAAAAAUAUCUAACCCCAAAAUAUGGAAA